UCUGAUGCAUCAGUUAUAAGUCGUACGCAGACGUCUGGGGCGCGUUCUUGGGUCCGUUUGACUGUCACUUCAACCCUUCCAUCACUUUGCUCUAUGAUUUUGACAGCAAGAUGAAGCCUUCAGUAUCAGCAGCCUUGAGCUUGUGUGGCCUCCUUUCGGGUAUCUCGCAGACAGUGCAUGCCUUGUCUGGGACUGCGGCGAGCAUCUCUACAACCACGCCAACUCCAACCUGCUUGCCCCGAUAUCUGGGAGCCAAAUCGAGCGAGAAACAAGCCAGCCCGCCGUGGGGUAACCGUACAUGCGAAUCUGAUCCUGAGAAUGUGCCUGACACUGGCGUCGUACGAAAAUAUGAGUGGACGAUACAACGAGCUGUCCUAGCACCGGAUGGAUUUGGUAUGUUACAUCAACCUUGAGCCUUGCCAUCAGGUGGUCUCUUUUUCGGUCGACCGAGGCAGAUCGGCUUUUGGGCUUCUUCUUUCUUUUUCUUUUUCUUUUCUUCUUAUUUUUGCCUUUUCCUGCUAGGCACUGAUCGUAAUCGUU